AUGGUAAUAUCAAAAAUAUUACCAUCGAUACUAAAAAAGGUAUUAGGAAACUAUAUAGAAGGAUUAGAUUCAUUAUCAAUUCCUUUCUGGAAAGGAGAGAUAGUAUUGGAGAAUUUACAGUUAAAAAAAGAUAUAUUUGGACAUGAAUUACCAUUCGAAUUACAAAAAGGUGUAAUAAAAAAGGUGGUCAUACACAUUCCUUGGUUGGGAUUUUUAAAGGAGCGUAUCUCUGUUUCAGUGGAUGGAGUGUAUCUGCUUUUUGGAAGAAAGGAUUUUCAUCAAAUUACAACCAUCCCAAAGAAAGAGUCAUCUGGAGCCAAUCCAUUGGCAGGAUUAUCAAGAGAGGAGAUAGAAUCUAUUCAAGAGUCAAUAGACGAGUCACUCGUUGGGGAUCCAAACAUUGCUUCCAAGACAUCACAAUCGUCAACCACUCCCUUUUCAAAGACAUCUGGCCCAACGGAGGGUUUCCUAACUAGAAUGAUAAAAAAUGUGGUCAAGUGUUUGGUAUUAAAAGUUACAAAUGUUCAUAUUUGUUAUCAAGACAUUAAAACAACACCAGAUGAAAUGUUUUCUAUUGGUAUCACUUUGGAGGGUGUCAAUUUUGAAACAACCAACGAUAAAUGGAUCCCUUUGUUGUCACCAGCAUCCAAUCAUCACCAGUCGUCGUCAUCAUCGUCAUCAUCUAACAAUUUUGCAAACUCUGCUGCCACUUCUUCUGCAGCCGCUGCAUCCGAUCAACCAUAUUCAUCGUCAUCAUCGUCAUCGGUUUUAUCUUCAUCUUGUUUUAAAUUAAUAUCACUCUUUCACUUGUCUGUCUAUUGGGAUUCGCAAUUUAGUAAAACCAAAUAUGUUACACCUGCCGAUAUGGAUGUCAUAUUGAUGCACCAAAUUCCUAGACAAAAGAUAAAGAUCGAUCAUAAAUAUAUUAUCAAUCCUGUUAGUGGUUUCAUAAAGAUGAUCAUCAAUGACGUUGAACGAGACAAGGUCACAAAUGAUGGUGUGCAUACUUCUCUAGUGACAGAGAUCGACAUGGUUCUUGGCCUAAAACAAAUAGACAUUCAAUUGAUGGAUAUCCAAUAUCGUGACAUGCUGAAUCUCUUAUUUUUUGUACAUGAUUGGAGAAAGGUACUUCGAUACAAGUCACAUCGUCCAACAGUUAGUGUCAAAGGCAACGCAAAGAUAUGGUGGAAGUUUGCCUACAAGUCUAUUCUAUCAGAUCUUCGAACCAAACGAGAAGAACAAAUGUCUUGGAAAGAUGUCGAAAAGGAAAAAGUAAUGAGAGAUACUUAUAUUAAAAUUGCUUCUCAAAAAUUAUUAAACAAAAAGGUAUCACCAGUAGAAGAAUUAAUAAUAACAGAGAUUGAAAAAAAGUUAUCAUAUGAAGAUGUAAUAUUAUAUAGAACAAUAUCAGAAAAGGCAGUAGAGGAAAAGAGAAAGUCUGAUGUAUCUGGAUUUCAUCAAGUAAAUGAAGGUUGGUGGCUAGGUUCUCUCUAUGGAGGACUUGGUAACUUGGGAUGGUUUGGAUUCGGUAGAAGAAGACAAUCAACAAAUAAUAUGAAUAUAUCUUGUGGUGCCUCGUCUAUUAGUGGAGAGGAUCUUAGAUUGUUGGAAAAGAUAUUAGAUAUUGAUCUAAAAUCAAUGCUCAAUGCAUCAUCAAACAAAAAGAUUACAAGUGACGUAUCGGUCAAGUUUUAUUGCAAUAUUAAAAAGGUUCAGAUGCAAGUACUCGAUUUUAGAUUGGUUGGUGAACCAGUUCCUUUGGCUCAUGUUGAGAUUCACGAAAUCGAUAUGACUAUCUAUGUUUCAAGAUUCAACCAAAAGAUUCAACUUUUAGUAGACUCUGUUCAUUUGAACGACAAGAUUACCACCAACGCUCGUUUUGAGAACCUCAUCUUGGACAAACAACCAUUUGACGAUUAUCACACCGAGGAAAUGAAUCUUUCCUCUUCUACAUCAUCGGUUUCAACCUCUUCUACCCAAGAUACCUCCACCGCCUCAUUCUCGUCUACUGCCUCAACCAACAGCAAAGGUUUCUUAUCAUCGACACAACAUGGUCGUAGAUUUGAUAUUCGAAUGUCUCAACAACAAAGACAAAAGCACCAAUUCAUACCAGACGAACCUCCAAGAUCCAAGAUGAUCAAUCUCACGUUGGAGCUUAAUCCACCAGAUCAGCACCGUGCAACCGACUGGAGUCUUUCGCUCCAUCUCUCGCCAUUCUACUUUAUCAAUAGUAAGCCAUUUGUCGAUACUAUGAUUGCCUUUUUUACACAUGCAUCUCAAGAAGCACUCGAUACACUCAAGUAUUCCUUCCUCAAACACCUCAAAGUGUUGCAAGAGAUGGCAAUGAGAGAGCUUAAACAUCUCUUGCGCAACCAAAAGUCUGCAGAUAUUGACCUCGAUGUACACAUUCCUGGAAUCAUAUUCCCAGACCACGACUAUGAAAAGCUAUUGGUCAUCAAUUCUGGUCACCUAUUGCUCAAGACUCAACCAAUCAGUGCUGGAUGGAAUUGCUCAAAAAUAGUAGAUAUUCUUCAAGCAGACGAAGACAAUGAGCGAUAUAUUCGAUACAAAAAAGAAUUAACUGAACGUGUUGCCUGGUGGAAAGCAAAUUGUACAGUACCUCAGACAAAUGUUCCACUUGACAUGGAUAAAUUCUUUAAAGUAAAUCAGAUACAUAAAUCAACUCUAAAUCAACAUAGUCAAUAUUUUCAACGUCAUCAAGAAUUCAAUAAUAACAACAACAACAACAACAACAAUAAUAAUAAUAAUAGUGAUCAAGAGGCAUUAACAAUUCCCUAUAACCAAGAUACUACAAGUACAUCAGGCAGCGAUAGAUUUGAUAGUGAAGAUGAUAACGUUAUGGAGGAAGGAGAUGGCCAAGAAAAUGUAUUUGAAAAGAAAACAAAGAAUUUUGAUGACUAUUUGGAUGGAGAACAGUCUUCAUUUAAAAACAACAAAAAUGAUGAUCUGACAAGUGGAUCAUUUGAAUCUAGUGAAUGGAACUUUGAUGGUAUAAAUGUCAACAAUUCUCAAUUCUAUGAAGGUAUUUCAUUUCAGUUGACCAAUUUUACAAUUAAAAUGUGCCACCAGUCCCAAUAUCAGAGUAUUAUGAAACCAUUUAGUUUUAAUAUGUUUUUGGAAUUAUGUUCUGAUCCUUUUAAUCUUGACAUUCCUCAAAUAAUAUGCCAUUCAAAUUUAUCAAAUAUCAAUUUUGAUUUGAGUGAUACAUUACUCUAUGAUAUAUCUAGAAUAGUUGGUAGAAAUGGUCUACUAGAAUAUUUUAUAGAUAUGGAUAGAAAGUCUACAUCAGAGCUAUCGGAAAUGUACGAUGUAGUAUCAUUAAAAAAUGAAAAACCAAAGCGUGCAGGAUCAGGAAUUCAUUUAUCUGUCAUUUCAAAUACUAAAUCAAUAUUGCAUGCAAGAAAAAAAACAAAAGAAAAAUUGACACAUAGUAUACUGUUAAAGUUUUUAUUUACAACAAGUGAUAUAUCAAUCAACUUUUUUUAUCAAAAAGAAGAAAGAUUAUCAUUAAAUAUAUCAUCGAUGCGUUGUCGUAGUCUUGCAAAAUUAUUGUAUAUGGAGGUUAUUUUUGAUAUUGCCAGUAUUAGCAUCACAGAUACCCAUUCAACCAUACCAAUUCUAUCCAUAUUUGCUUAUCCAUUCCAAAAACAACAACCGCCACCAUCUUCAUUAGGAUCAGAAUCGCCAUUUGGUAGAAGAAAAAGUGAUAGUGACCACAGGUUAUUGGAAAAGUCUUACAAUGGAGGUAUAAUGGCAACUCAACAAUUGGUAAAUGGAAUGUGUGACAAUCCAAUUGUCCUUCACCUCUCUUCAAUUAGUAAGAACUCAUUGGAUUAUGACUAUAUCGAUUUUAUUGCGUCACUCAAGACUCAAUACGUUAGAGUUAAUCUCCCAAAGGAAUGUAUCGUAGCUUUGAUACAAAUAUUUGGAAAGGCAGUUUCAGAUGCCAAUCGUUUCCACGAAAAGAAAAAGUCAAUCCUAACCAUCGAGGGUUCGAGAUAUGAAGAUUCGUUAUCUCGUCUACUGCACCAUCAACACAGACCAAAGGUUAAGCCCAAGAAGUUGUCUGACCGUUUAGAUGUCACAGAAUUUGAUCCAAAUGAUCUGAAAACAAAGAUAUGCUUACAGGUUCCAAGCUUUUCUUUGAUUCUCAGUGCAAGUGACUUUGAUAUUGCAUCUUUUCAAUUUGACAAGGUCGAUAUUAAUGGUGUAUUUCAAUUACCAUUGUUUGAAUUUAAUUUAUCUUUAGGAGAUAUGAAAUUCUUGGAUUUAUCUAGACCGGAUGGAUUACAUAGAGAUAUUUUAAUUGCACAUCAAUCUCAUCCAAAGCUAGUACCAAUCGUAAAGAUGCAUGUAGUUAGUCACAGUAUGCAAAAACAAAAGGAAUGGGGUCACAAUAGAGUUGUACAGGUCGCUAUUGGAAAGAUUCAAUUGACUCUACUCUUUCAAACCAUUUGUAUGGUAAGAGUAUUUUGUCACGAUAUCAGUACUUCAUUCAAAGAAAGUUUCCCUACUCUAUAUGUUAUCGAACAGGUCAAAGAUCCCAAAGAUACCAAAGAUAAUCAAGAAACCGACCGAGGUGACUUUGAAUCAGAACAACCACAAAAAGAGAUUCUAUUUGAAAGAAAAUCAAUUACCAACUUGGACAUUACAAUCGAUGAACAUACUCUUAUUCUUCCAAAGAAUCCAAAUUCAAAACAAUCGAUUAUACUUAGUGUUGGUAAAGUUUCACUUUGGUUAGAUCAAACUGAUCCUGCUGCCGAUGUAAUCUUUAUGAAAAUCAUUGAUGUUAUGGUCAGUUCAUAUAAUGGUCAAUUAGAUAUUCAAAAUGCUAUUAUUAAAAGACCAAUCAAUGUUGAUCUCAGUUUUGUUUAUUUUUUUGAAACAUCAAAGACAUCUUCUGAAUUAAAGAUUAUGAUGAGAAUUGAAUAUAUUCAACUAUUGCUCAAUCAAUACCAAUACAAUCUAUUGGUAAAUGUUUUCAAUCAAAAUAUCAACCAAAAUGUAAUUCCUACACCUCUAUCGUCCCAAUACUCAAAGGAAAGACAAAGUAAAUUAGUUAGUCUAACUUUAGAUAUUACAGAUUCAGUUAAUCUUAAUCUUGAAGAUGAAGUAACAAAAGAGGAUAAAUUCUUUUGUUUAAUAGUGAAUAAACCAUUAGGGUUUUUAAAUUAUUAUAACAAUGGAGAUAUUGAAAUAUCAUUUUCAGUUGGAGGAUUAGCAAUUAGUGACAAGAACAAAGCAUUACCACCACACCAGGAAAUACUUUCAAUCUCAAGUAGUGAUGUUCAAGAAAUGGUUGAUGGCAGAUUCAGAAUUCUUUCAGUAUCAAAUGGUGGAUCAGUAAAUAGAAAUUCGAUAACAAUUAAUCGACUUUUUAUCUUUAUUGAUUUAAAUUGGGUUGAUAAAUUAAUUACAUUUUUAUCACCAUUAUCAGAUCCAGAGUAUACAAAUAUUCAAAGACCAUCAAUAAUAUCAAAAGAAUGGAUACUUAGCAUGUCAAUUGAAUUAAAAGUGAAAUGUGCAAAUAUAAUGAUUGGUAGUUUGGUAGAUGAAAAGGGAGUUGUUAUGUUGAUGAGCAGUGAAAUGUCAUCUUCUGUUCAAUUUGGUGCAGAUGGUUUAAUGAAAUUACUACUCACUUAUCAAUGUCAUAAAGGAUUAUUGGCAAACAAAUCAACCACCACAGUGUCAAGUCCUCUUGCUAGUGCAAUGAAACACUCCUCCUCAGCCUCUUUGUUUUACCACAAUGGUCGUACCAACUCAAAGCCUGUUUCUCGACAUUAUUCCUACAAUCGAACAGAAGCAAUGUGGGAAUCUCUUCAUAAAAGUGCUAGAAUCUUUAUUGAAGAUUUUAGUACCAACAUUCACAUUGCUCUCUUGCCAGAUGGAAACCAAUUCUUUUUCCUUGAAUUGAACAAUUUGAUCAUUAGUUUUUCUGGUCGAUCAUAUCGUUAUUUGCUUGGUAUCUAUGAAACAUUGCAAACUAUUCUCUAUAAUAGACAAAUCAAGAGCGCAGCCAGUCAAGUCGUUGACAACGAGAGAGCAACUCACCAGUUUAACAACAAUUGUUCUCCAUCAAAGACACCGAUUCCAUAUCGAAAGAAACAAACAACUUUUGAUACCCCCAUUGCAAAGGCAGCAGUCGUUACGACUAGUCCUUCAAUGUCACUUAAUUUACCACAACCACCUCGUGCAAGAAGACCAUCAGUACCAAAUAUUUUGGCAAGACCCAAUUUACAACACCUCAGAGAUGACCAAUCUACCACCACUCCAAAACCAACAAUUACAGAAUCUGGCAUAGUUGUUGGAUCAAAUCAAUCUGUGCCAACUGUCAAUAGUGAUAUGAACAAACUAUAUCAUCUAAAAUGUCGUUCAGCUGAAAUGUUGAGAGUUCAUCAAACCAAAGUCAGAUCACGUCUAAGAAAUAGUAAUGAAUUUAUAGAAUCACCAAUAGAAGAAUCACCAAGAAUAGUAAAGACAACAACUUCAUUACCAUCAGCAACAGCAACAGCAGCAACAGCAGCAGGAAAUAGGGUUGAAAGUGGUAGUUGGGAAGAUGAUUUUGAUGAAGAAUUAUCACCAAGACAAAUUCAAAAUACCAUCCAUAAGAAAGCUAUUACCCAAAUUUCUAUUAGUCUUAAAAAUAUGGAGGUUUUAGUUGUUGACGAUUUGACAAAGAAUCAUAUGAAUACUCCACUUUUCAAUUUCAAGAUGGCCUAUGGAUUUAUCAAAAUGAUGAUCAAGACUAAAAUAGAAAUAGAUAUAGAUGCAGUCAUUUCAUUGGACUAUUUCAACAAUCGUAUUGCUUUUUGGGAGCCUUUUCUCGAACAGUGGAUGUUGAAAUCAUUUUUGACAUUCUCAAAAGAGUUUUCCAUCGAUCUCUCAUCGUCGGAUCUGUUAAAUCUCAAUAUCACCAUCCCAAUGAUGGACAAUCUCAGUUUAUUCCUCACUACCUAUAGUCAAGAAUUUGGUUAUCCAUGGAACUUGAUUGCAAAGCCACAAGAAAAGGAUUUACGAUCAAGUGAGGAAGCACUUAAAGACUCGUUGACUGUAUUGACUGGAAAGAUUAAAAAACUAUCGUCUGGCGAGAAACAUGGAAGUGGUGCUUGGAAGUCUUCCUAUGCACCAUUCUUUGUUCGUAAUCAAACGGGUUCAAGGAUUCGUUAUCGUUUAGAGACUCAUGAAGGAAAACAAGUAGAUGGUGUCUUGAAUGAAUGUGGUGACGGUAAAAAAGUGGUUCAAGUUGAAGGCUAUGGUAUCUAUUUUGAUUUAAUUCCCGGUGAAUCAAUGCCCAUCAAAUUUGCUCCCGAUGUUCAAGUCUCUUUGGAAACAUUCAAUCAGUUGGUAAUGUCUAUCGAGUUAUUGGGUAUCGAAAAGACAAUUGCCGUUCCAAUGGAUAGACUCAAAACUUACGAGUAUCAAGUUCAAUUGGACAGUACCACAUCUACAACUCUUUUUGUAAACGUUUCCAUCAAAAAAGGAACAAAGUUUAUAACACUAAGAUUCCCCAUCAUCUUUCAAAAUAUGACAUCGUUUUCUGUUGAUGUGGCAACCGUUUCAUCUGGCUUUGCCAUUGCUCAACCUCCCAACAUGUCUUCAAUCAUAAAGUCUCGCCAAGUAAGAGCUCCAACCUCUACUUCUCGAAUGAAGGAUGCUCUUAUCAAGAUUAAACCCUCUGGUAACGAAUUCAAGUGGUCCACUGAAACAUUGGAUGUCAAUAAUACCAAAGAUACUGCCAUGUUUACAUCUUGCACAAUUGAUGGAGAAAAGACUAUUGUCGUAAAGUGUCAUGUAAAACUAAAGGGAGGAUGUUCAAUCAUUAGAUUAUGUCCAAUGCUAAAGGUUAAAAACCUAUUACCCUUUCCAAUUACCUAUCAAUUAAAUGGAGGAAGUUAUCCAGCAGCAGUCAACCACUCUAGUGGGCACCACCGCCACCACCACCAUGGUCAUCAUCCAGCAUUAAUAUUUUCAAACAAUGUGACUGAACACAAAUUGGGACCAGAAACAAAGGACGAGGUCUAUGACAUUGGAGUUUUGGAAAAGUUUAAAGUUCGAUUCAAAUUAAAAGAUACGUGGAGCGAAGAAAAAAUUAUUCUAGAACAAUUGGAUAACCAAAAUAUCCAUCCUAUUCAUAUCACUUAUAAUGAUCGACCACUUCAUGUUAAUAUGGAAUUUGAAUCCAUUAAUGGAGUUAGAAAGAUUAUUUUCUACAAUCAAUAUUGGAUAUUCAACAAGACUGGUUUAAAUCUUUACUGUAAAAAAACUUAUCAGUCAAAAGAAUAUAAUGAUGGUACCGUUUAUUUAAAUAAUAAUCAUCAUCAACAACAUCAACAACAACAACAGCAACAACAAAUUAAUCCUCAAAACAAAAAGACAUCCAUAGCUGUAGAUCCUUACCAAUGGUAUGAAGAUCACAACCAAAAGGUCAAUCCAAUCAUGUUUUCAUUCAAAAAGACAAAAGAUAUUGAUAGCUCAAUUCGUCUGCGAGUUGGUCAAGAUUCAGAGUGGUCAAACAAAGUAUCGAUUGCUGCUAUUGGUGACAGAGGAAGAGUUGAGGUAUUUAGUGAUAAAAAGAACUCUAUAUUUCAUCAAUCGCAUCAAGGAACUUCUUUGGCUGUGAAUACACUCACAACAAGAUCAAAGACCACAACCACUACCACCACUACCACCACUACCACCACAAAACAUAUGGCCAAAGAGAUCAAAUGUGAAAGUUCAGAUCGGGUAUAUGAUGUUGGUGUUUCAGUAGAUAUUGCACCUAAUCUUAAAACAAAGAUCAUUGUUUUUGCUCCACGUUAUAUCUUUUUCAACCAAUUCCCUUAUCCACUCAUUUUCAAACAAUUGGGUACUGAUAAUCAAGUACGUGUAGGCACUGGAGAGAAAAUACCUUUUUAUUAUUUCCUUGAACACCGUUCAAAAACAAAUCUUCUUUCAACAAAACUUGACAUGGACUAUGGUGAUGGGAAUAAUGAUGAUGGUUGGUCACCAGGGUUUUUGAUUGAAAAUGUUGCCGAUUAUUCAUUUAAUCUGCCAUCAAAGUAUCAAAUCUAUAGAAAACAGAACCCUCAAAUUGUUGACUCUCUCACACAACAACAACAACAACAACAACAACAUGCAACUCAAGAUUCCUCUUCUUCUUCUUCUUCUUUUUCUUCUUCUGAAUCAAACAACUCUUUAAUCAAUCCACACCAAUUAAAAUAUCUUAAAGUUCAAACAUGUUUGGAAGGUGCAACAUUAUUUAUCAUUGCAACCGAGUUGAAUGAUCCACCCUACAAGAUUAACAACAUGACUCAAUUCCCAAUCCUUGUUAGACAAAAGAAGUGUGGAAAAUCGAUAUUUGUCGGUGCCAAACAAUCAAUACCAUUUGUUUGGGAUGAACCAAUGGACGAACACAUUUUAGAGGUACACUUUUUCUCACAAAAUGUACAAAUCGAUGAUGUUGCCUCUCACAAACUGACAGAAGAAGAAUUGGUUGAUCAAACCAACAACAACAACAAUGAUCAUCCAUCAGCAACGUCAUCAUCAAACAACAAAGUUUUAUGUAAAACCUUUGUAAAGGUUGACAGGAUUAAAAUAUUUAAACCAAUUGAUUUUGGAUAUCAAGGUCAAGCAAUUAUAGUUAAAGCAGUGGUAGAGGCAGAAGAAUCGACAAGAGUUCUUACAUUGACCGAUUCAACUUACCAAGCUAUCGUUGUACCAGAUCAAGAAACCUCAAUACAACAUAUUAGAAUGAAUAUUAGAGGUGUUGGAGUAUCGCUCAUCAAUUCAAACCCAACAGAGUUGUUGUAUGUCUUUGUCGAAGGAAUCUCUACCGACUAUUAUUAUUCAAAUUUCAUUCAACAGAUUGAAAUGAAAUUGGAUAAUCUUCAAAUUGACAAUCAACUCUCAAAAGUCAAUCCCUUUUCUCAUCCUGUUUUACUUUUUGCCUCUGAAAAGAAUGAUCCAAACCUACCAUUCCUUCAUAUUAAACUAAUUAAAUCAAACAAAAUGAAAAAUAUAGAUUAUUUCCAUCAUGUUUCAUUGAGAAUUCAAGAAUUAAAUAUUAGAGUAGAAGAGAAAUUCCUUUAUGUAUUAUUGGAUUUCUUUAAUAGUUUAGAUUUCUCUUUUUGGACAGGAAACAAAAAAACCAAAAAAGCAUUGCACAAUGUAGACAUGUUAAAACCAAUCUAUCAAAAAGAUAUUGGUGAUGGAUUCAUAGACACAAUGAUACAACGUGCUUUACCAUCAAUCUAUGGUAAAAAGAUGUAUUUUGAAACUCUAUCAAUCGAACCCAUAAGUUGUUACCUUACCUUUGAUUUGGCCAAACAAUCUGGUGGAUCAACCAUUCGAGCAUUGGAUGCGCCAAUGGUUCGUGCAUUUAGAAGAAUUGGAUUUGUAUUAGUUAGCUUCCAAAAUGCCCACAUCUUUUUGCAUCAAUUUAAAUUCUCUCAUGCCUUUGGAACAAAUGCAGAGCUUCUCAAUCCACUCUUUAGACAUUAUCUCUCUGAAGGUUUGUCAGAAGCAUACAAGAUUUUGGGUACAUUCAACUUUUUGGGUAAUCCAAUUGGAUUGUUUAAAAACUUUGGUAUUGGAUUUAAAGAGUUUUUUGUAAACACUGGACGUGGUUUGGUUGGACCCGAAGAAACUUCCUUUAGAACUGGUGUAUCGGCUGGAUCAAAGAGUCUUGCCAAGCAUACCGUCUAUGGACUCUUUGAUAGCGGAACAAGACUAUCGUCGAGUGGAGCCAAGGCAUUGGCCAACAUGUCGAUGGAUCCUCAAUACAUUAUAGAAAGACAGUUUAUCGUUGGAGAGACACCAAGCAAUGUCAUUCAAGGGUUUGCUUUGGGCGGAAAGACUGCUGUCAUUGCCUUGCAUCGAGCAUUAACUGGUGUUGGUCGUCUACCUUAUUAUGGUGCCAAAAAGGAAGGAGCUGUUGGUGCCAUAAAAGGUAUCGGAAAAGGUGUUGCUGGUCUUGUACUCAAACCAGUAGCUGGAGGAUUUGAUUUUGUUAGUAAAUUCUCUGAAGGUGUCAAAAACUCAACUCAACUCAAUAUCGAACGACGAAGAAUCAGGUUCCCUCGUCCUCUCUUUUCUGACCUACCAUUACGACCAUAUGACGAUGUUGAAGCCUAUGGUCAAUUCUUGUUCCUUACCAAUAUGAUAUCUGAAGGAAAACUCAAACGCCUAACACCCGAUCAAAUUAACCAGCCUCUCUCAGAGAUGAUAUCAAAAGAUGAAAAGUACAUUCAACAUUUAAUCUACAAAAAUAGACGCACCAUUUUGUUUACCAACAAACGUAUCAUUUGUCUAAAAGAUACAGAUGGAUUCCGUACUAAAUUUGCAGUAAAGUAUGAAUCAAUCAUCUAUGUCGAGGAGGAACAAUAUGCUAUCCGUCUCAAAGUCGACCAAAGUAAUCGUGUUAGAGUUUUGCAUCCAAAAAAGAGAAAGAGUCAUUUAAUUAAAUGUAAAGAUGCUGCCAAGCAUUACAUUUUUGUAAAGAUUCUCGACAUGCUCAAGAUUUAUAGUCCAGAUACAAUGGUAAAUCCACUAAAAGAACAAAAGAUAUUAAAAGGUGAAACUACCACUACCACUACCACUAGUUGUACAACACUGGCCGCCGCUCCAAUUGGACCUAUUGUUGUUCAUCCUCCAAAUCCAAAUCCAAUAAUAGAAUACAGAAAUGUGUCACCUUUGGAUAGAUAUAUUCAACCAAUUAUUGUACAACAAAAUUCUGGAAAGAUUGACCCUAUGAUACAACAUUUAUUAUUGAAUCAUCGUGACCCUAAAUCUGUUGGUGCACCAAUCUAUAUUUCACAACAUCCAAUUGAAUUCCAACACCAACAACGUCAAAUAUUUGUUAACCAACAGGAAAAUCAACAUCAAUCUUUAAGUAUGGAGAAUUCUGGAUAUAAUUAUAAUCCAACCACAGCAAGUACAUACAAAACCAAUAUUCCUAUUGCUCCCCCACCACCUCCACCUCCUCCACCUCCACCUCCUCCACCUCCUCCUCCUUCACCAGCACCACUAUCAUCAACGCAUGGAUUCGAGCCACCACAACCACCACCACCUCCACCAGUGUUUAUUCCUCCUAACGAAACACCAACUAAACCCUCGGUGGUAGUCGUCGCUCCUCCAAUAACACCAAAGCCACCACAAUACCCAUCUACACCACAAACUCAAAGACUAUCACAUAAAACUCCACAUAUAACUACAACUGUAUACCAACAAACUGCAGGUUCCAAGUUUAGAACUCCACUACAUUCGUUACAACAAUACAAACAACAACAAGACAAUAUAGAUGAUCAUAGAGUUGACAACAACAAUGUUGGUGUGAUGACUACUACCACUACGAUAAAGAAUCAACAACAAACGUCACCACAAAGUAUGAUGAUGUUGCAACAACAAAAACAUCAAUCACAACUAGAAAAGAGUAUUCAGAAUAUGAUGCAGAUACAACAAAUGCAAAUACAACAAAUGCAUCAAUUACAAAAGAAUCAAAUCGAGAUGCAAAACAUGUUGUUUAAACAGAUGAUGACCGGAGCUGAUUCUGUCAAACCUAUAGUUCAACCAAUUCAACUUCCCUCUAAUGUCACUAGUACCACUACUACUACUACUAUGUUACCAAAAGUUGAAGAAGAAUUGAAAAGAGCAGGUGACGCUUCACUUUAA